AUGCAGACGAAGCGAAUGCUUGAGAAGUACGGCAAGAUGGAAGAGCAGGAACAGAUCAACAAUUUCAAGAAGCAACAAGAGAGCGUCGGAGAAGCGCCUUCGUCGCUGUUCCCAUCCGUGAUCGCCAAGAAAGCUGAGAAUGCAAGACAGCAGCUGGACAAGAGCAAGAAACUUCUGACGUCCCUCGUCAACGUAAAGAAGAAGUCCAGCAACGAUGACGACGGAUCAAAAGCAGAAAACCCAUCGAAGAAACCCAAGAUCGAAGCAACUGACAAGCCAACGGACAAGAAGGACGAGAAGCCUGCGGAGAAGAAGGAUGAAGGGAACAACUCUCUCAGCGCUCUUGCUGCUUACUCGGAUGACGAGAGCGACGCAUGA